AUGGCUAGAAUUCCAAAAGCAGUAUCGACACAAGAUGACAUUCAUGAAUUGGUCAUCAAAACCUUCCGUUGUUACGUUCUCGACUUAGUCGAACAGUAUGGUGGUGGUCACCCUGGUUCUGCCAUGGGUAUGGUCGCCAUUGGUAUCGCUCUGUGGAAGUACCAGAUGAAGUACGCUCCAAAUGAUCCAGACUACUUCAACAGAGAUCGUUUUGUCUUGUCAAACGGUCACGUCUGUCUGUUCCAAUACUUGUUCCAGCACUUAACUGGUUUGAAGGAGAUGACUGUCAAGCAACUUCAAUCUUACCACUCUUCCGAUUAUCACUCAUUGACUCCUGGACACCCUGAAAUUGAGAACCCUGCUGUUGAGGUUACCACUGGUCCCCUGGGACAAGGUAUCUCUAACGCUGUCGGUAUGGCCAUUGGUUCAAAGAACCUGGCCGCUACUUACAACAGACCUGGCUUCCCUGUCGUUGACAACACUAUCUAUGCUAUUGUUGGUGAUGCUUGUUUGCAAGAGGGACCUGCUUUGGAAUCGAUUUCCUUAGCCGGUCACUUGGCCUUGGACAACCUUAUUGUGAUCUACGACAACAACCAGGUUUGUUGUGAUGGUUCCGUCGAUGUUAACAACACCGAAGACAUCUCCGCAAAGUUCAGAGCUCAGAACUGGAAUGUUAUCGACAUUGUAGACGGUUCUAGAGAUGUCGCUACCAUUGUCAAGGCUAUCGAUUGGGCCAAGGCUGAGACUGAGAGACCAACUCUGAUCAACGUUAGAACUGAAAUUGGACAGGAUUCUGCUUUCGGUAACCACCACGCUGCUCACGGUUCUGCUCUAGGUGAGGAAGGUAUCCGGGAGUUGAAGACUAAGUACGGUUUUAACCCUGCCCAAAAGUUCUGGUUCCCUAAAGAAGUAUACGACUUCUUUGCUGAGAAACCAGCUAAAGGUGACGAGUUAGUAAAGAACUGGAAAAAGUUAGUUGAUAGCUAUGUCAAAGAGUACCCUCGUGAGGGACAAGAGUUCCUUUCUCGUGUUAGAGGUGAGCUUCCAAAGAACUGGAGAACUUACAUUCCUCAAGACAAGCCUACCGAACCAACCGCCACCAGAACCUCUGCUAGAGAAAUUGUUAGGGCCCUUGGAAAGAACCUUCCUCAAGUUAUUGCCGGUUCCGGUGACUUAUCUGUCUCAAUUCUUUUGAACUGGGACGGAGUGAAGUACUUCUUCAACCCUAAGUUACAGACUUUCUGUGGAUUAGGUGGUGACUACUCUGGUAGAUAUAUUGAGUUUGGUAUCAGAGAACACUCUAUGUGUGCUAUUGCCAACGGUUUGGCUGCAUACAACAAGGGUACUUUCUUGCCUAUUACCUCUACCUUCUACAUGUUCUACCUGUAUGCAGCACCUGCCUUGCGUAUGGCUGCUCUUCAAGAGUUGAAAGCGAUUCACAUUGCUACACACGACUCUAUUGGAGCUGGUGAAGAUGGUCCAACCCACCAGCCUAUUGCUUUGUCUUCAUUAUUCAGAGCUAUGCCCAACUUCUACUACAUGAGACCAGCCGAUGCUACCGAAGUUGCAGCUCUGUUUGAAGUGGCUGUUGAGCUUGAACACUCCACAUUGCUUUCUCUGUCCAGACACGAGGUUGACCAAUACCCAGGUAAGACUUCUGCCCAAGGAGCCAAAAGAGGUGGUUACGUUGUUGAAGACUGCGAAGGAAAGCCAGAUGUGCAACUGAUCGGAACUGGUUCCGAGUUGGAAUUCGCUAUUAAGACUGCUCGUUUGCUAAGACAACAGAAGGGAUGGAAGGUCAGAGUUCUGUCAUUCCCAUGUCAGAGAUUGUUUGACGAGCAGUCUAUUACUUACAGACGUUCCGUCCUUAGAAGAGGAGAAGUUCCAACUGUCGUUGUUGAGGCCUAUGUCGCAUACGGAUGGGAGAGAUACGCCACUGCUGGUUACACCAUGAACACCUUCGGUAAGUCUCUUCCUGUUGAGGAUGUCUACAAAUACUUCGGAUACACUCCUGAGAAGAUUGGUGAGAGAGUGGUUCAAUAUGUCAACUCUAUCAAGGCUAGUCCUCAAAUCCUUUACGAAUUCCACGACUUGAAGGGAAAACCAAAGCAUGACAAGUUGUAA